CCAAUGAUCGUCGGGACUGAAGAUAAUAACUCUUGCUCGUCUCGCUCGAGUGGAUUGUCCAUUUUCAGUCUGGUUGAUCAUUCCUCUUCGGGAAGAAGACGGACGGGAAGCCAACUGAUCAUGUGUGCAUGAACACCAAUGCCGUCGUUCAAGGGUGGAUGGCGAGUGGGCGUGUUGUGUUUCGGGGUGUGCUACUUGUUCUUGAUAGGUCUGCAUCGAUCUUACCAUGGGAAUCUGGUCACACUGCUUCAGGGCAAGGGCAUUUCCAAGGUUCCCAUGGAACAUUGUAAUUGUUCCCGACCUUUGAGAACAACGCAGUCGGUGGGGGUGGGCCGCUAUAAUGGGACCUCGUGCAGUAAGGACGCCUUCAGUCGUGGACCGGGACAGAAGGUGGUGAGUUUCGCGUUAUAUGGCGAUAGGAAUUCGACCCAUUGGAAGGAGAAGGGCUAUUUUGAGGGGAUUCGGGGCAAUCUCGAGACCAUGGAAAAGAUGCUACCCGAAGGGAUCAUGAGGAUCUACUUCGAUCUGGAACCCGGGGAUCUGAUCUUGGACGAGUUGUGCCAUCUGGCUUGUCAGAGCCAGGUCUUAGACCUGUGCCACGCCCGGAAGUUGCCGGGCACGCCCAUGAAAGACGCCCAUCGAGUGUUUCCCAUGAUGUGGAGGUUCUUCCCAACUCUGGACUGGCAGGUGGAUCAAUGUUUUUCAAGAGACCUGGACAGCCGCUUUUCUGAACGAGAAAAAACGGCAUCGAAUGAAUGGCUUCAGUCCAAUAAGUCUUUCCAUGUGAUCCGAGAUCACCCGCAUCACGGAGUACCUAUGCUCGGAGGUAUGUGGGCGUGUCGCUUUGAUUUAAAUCCUUUGGUGCGAAAACAGUGGCGUCAAUCGUGGAUCAAGUCCAAGAAAGACCCGAUCUUGUGGUCGAAAAGAGACGCCUAUGGAGCGGAUCAGACUUUCUUACGCAGAUAUGUUUGGCGUUGGGCCAAGAACGAUUCCGUUCAACAUGACUCUUACUCAUGCAAGCAAUUUCCGGAGGCCCGCCCAUUUUCCACCCAAAGAUUGACCAGCCCCAACAAUUUUGUGGCGUGUGUGACCUCCGAAGGAAUUACCUUGAAUAUUACCUGUCCCGAGAGAUGUCGCCCCAAGGAACAUCAGGACUGGAUUUAUUGUUAGACCUUCAGAUUUCAAUUCAUGUCCGGCUGUUUCGUGGGAUUCGUCGUGGGUGGGCCAUUUCAUGGUCAAGAUGAAAACUUUUGUGUUUACUUGGCCUCUUGAAAGCACCUUUGAUAGCACCUUCCCCCAUUUAAUCAUUGUCUAAAUCAAUCAAAACGAAUAAAGAAGACAUCUGCAAUGGGUUUGACUUUCAAAUAAUUUGAAUUGUCAAAUAAUAUGUUGUGAUUUAACAGUGACUGUAGUUGUAGGUUUUGUUCAUCAUUAGCGACAAAAUAGGGUAUGAUUUUUGAAUGAAAUACACACUAGAAUUAUGA